AGAUUUCCUCUUCUAUCAUUGGUCCAUUAUGGACUCGACGUAGGCGGCAGUGCAAAAAAAAAGAAAGAAACUGCGUUCAUUGUGGCUCCAGAGUCAGGGAGCAAGUCCGUGCAUGUUUCUCAAGAAUCUCGGAGCCAACAUGGCGGCCGGACCGAGGCAGUUUCCUUCAUCGUUUUAUAUGAAAACAACUGAAAAAGUAGGAGGGUAGCGUAACACAACAACAUCAGCGUCACAUGAUUCAUAAAGCCAGGCUGCCCUGUUCCAAUAUGGUGGUCAGCUUGGCGGAGCUGCGUCUCCCGUUGAUCAUAUCGUUCCUCUUCGGGCUCGGAACCUGCAGCCUUCAAGAGCCGCAGGUUUACGGACUGCGCCUGGAGGACGUUACCGAGCGGGUGUUCAUGCGCGAGCGGGUCAUCGUAGCUCCGCACGGGACCACCUUCAAGCUCAGAUUGUUUGGGUCCUACCUGUCCAAUGAGACCUGGCCGUGGGUCGCGUUCGCCGCGGAUGGAGGUGGUUCGGUUGACCCGUGCGGGCUGGAGGAACUCCGCAACUCUUCUGCGUUCCGGUUACGAAGAGCGUUCCCGUCAGAUGACGAAAACAGCGGGAUUAUAGAAGUCCAAACCGAAUCUGCAGCAUCCAAACCGGAGAAUAAAGAUGCAGAGCCUGUGCUCCAUCAUUUCUGCGUCUUAAAGGGCCAGACAUGGGGGUCUUUCGGGUCGGACAAGUUGGUUAUUAAGAACCCGGAUGUGCCAUCAGAUUACAUACCAUUAUGGGGUCUGAUUUUGGUGGUUGUGCUCCUGGUUUUGGUUUGCAUUGUGGUCAGAUGUGUGAAUCUGAGUUUGCUGUGGCUGGACCCACUGGAGCUGUAUGUUCUGCACAGCUGCGGUUCGGAGGAUGAAAAGCGGGCAGCCAAGCGCCUCAAGCCCAUCCGGAGGAGAGGAAACGUUCUAGUUUGUUCGCUCUUGUUCAUUUGUGCUUUGGGUCACUCAGGGCUCGGCGUCUUGUUGUACCGUCUCUUGGGGUCCAUUGUGCCCGCAGUGUUUACUAGUGGCUUCCUCAUAUUCCUUCUGGCUGAGCUGGUUCCUCAUAUUGUAUGUUCGGGUUAUGGGUUCCAGAUGGCACCGGGUUUGAUAUGGCUGGCCCAGAUCUGUCUCAUCCUGACGUGUCCACUUUCUUGUCCUCUCGGCCUCCUGCUGGACUUGAUCCUGCACCGGGACGUGAGCACUGUCGGCAUCCGUGAGAAAACCAUGGAAAUGAUUCGGACUAGUGUGAACGAUCCGUAUAAUGAGUUCGUCAAGGUGGAGUUCAGUAAAGGCGCUCUCAGGACCAAAACCGUGGAGGACAUCCUGACGCCCCUGAAAGACUGCUUCAUGCUGCCCUCCACGGCCGUGCUGGACUUCAACACCAUGUCUGAGAUCAUGCAGAGCGGUUACACUCGCGUCCCGGUGUACGAAGAGGAGAGGUCCAAUAUCAUCGAAAUCCUGUACGUCAAAGACCUGGCGCUGGUUGACCCGGAGGACCGCACUCCCAUGACCACCAUCACCAAGUUCUACAACCAUCCUCUGCAUUAUGUUUUUAAUGACACCAAACUGGAUGCAAUGCUGGAGGAAUUCAAAAAAGGAAACUCCCACCUGGCCAUCGUUCAGAAGGUGAAUAAUGAGGGCGAAGGAGAUCCGUUCUACGAGGUUCUGGGUCUGGUCACGCUGGAGGACGUCAUCGAGGAGAUCAUCAAAUCUGAGAUCCUGGACGAGUCUGAUGGCUACAUGGACAUGAAGGUGAAGCGUCCGAUGGCCCCGGUGGAGAUCCCUCUGGAGCCACGCAGCGUUCACGAUGAGUUCUCCAUCUUCAAACCUCCAGAGGGCGAACCCAAGAUCCGCACCUCUCCUCAGCUGUUGCUGGCCACCCAUCGAUUCCUGUCCCGAGAGGUGGAACACUUCGGCCCUCAGCGUGUGUCAGAGAGAGUCCUGUUUCAUCUGCUGCGGCACCCCAGCGUCAACCAAGAAGUGAAGUUUGACCCCGCGGUCCGGCUCAGUCCUGACCACUACCUGUACACACGAAACCAUCCGGUGGAUUACUUCAUCCUGCUGCUGCAGGGACGUGUGGAAGUGGAGAUCGGGAAAGAGGGUUUGAAGUUUGAGAAUGGUGCGUUCACAUACUACGGUGUUUCGGCGCUCACUGCUCCCUCCUCAGUCCAUCAGUCUCCGGUGUCCACACAGCAUCAGACCCCCAGAGACCCCUUUGAGCUGGGAGACGCCACCAGCCCGUCCAGCUACUGUCCCGACUACACAGUCCGAGCCCUCACUGACCUGCAGUUCAUCAAGGUGACCCGUCUGCAGUACCUCAACGCUGUGAUGGCGUCGCGGGUGGCCCAGAGCCCCGAGCCACCUGAAAUCAAGAUCCUGCCCAACAGUCAAACCAAACUCCUGAACGAGAAAAACACUACUCAAGACUUUCAGCUCCACUUUUCAUUCUUUGACACAAUUGAAAACUUCUGUUAGUGUGCUUUGCAUGAGACAGGAUUUAAAUGUCCAGGUGUGAGCAAAAGCCAGGAAUCCAGGCCAGACGAGGGGCUUCACAGCCAGAGAGGAGCGUUUUGACCUCUAUCUAGCCUUCCUGCAGAACUCACAAGGAUGUUAUUAUGACAACUCAUUUGUUUUUGUCAUCUUGAAUCUUUUACUCCUGGAAUGCAGCGAUUGAGCCAGAUGGAGGACUGUUGAGGAAAACAAGAGACGUGAUGUUCAAGACGUGUCUUUCUGGUCAGACGGGAUCUGUUCGCUCUGUUCUGCUUAUUCAGCUGUUCCCUGUGAUGUCACUUCCUCUGCACUCUGUUCGACUUCACUUAUUUCCUUAAUGCAUGUGCUACUAAAUUAAAUGUUGUGCCAAGAUCUUACCACCCCUGUCCUAACACACAAGCAGUAUUACAGCCCUGAAUCGUCCAGCCCCACUGUGCCAAAAUGGGUUCAGAGCCACAGAAAAUAGGCAUUUACUCACCCUCAUGCCACUCCAAACACAUAAUCUUGUCUUUUCCAAUUAAUCAUGUCUACAGCUGUCAGUGUCCCUCUGUAACAGCUUCACUGAAGCACUCAAAUGUUAUUCUCCAUGGCUUAAGUGCUAUCAAAUCUGAACACAAAUAAGAUUUUAGACCUUUGGGGAAGUACACUAUUAAAAAUAAAUGUUCUAUAUUGGCAUCUAUGGUUCCAUAAAGAACCGUUAACAUCAAUGGAAUCUUUCCAUUUUACAAAAGGUUCUUUUCUAGAAAAGGUUGUAGAAUAUUCAAAUGUUUGGUUGGAGCUGAACUGAAGGUAGAUUGGGGAGCCCUGUCAUAGAAGAAGCACUCUUGGGUUCCUCAAAGAACCUUUCAGUGAGCAGUUCUUAAAAUAACUAUUUUGUAUGUGUAAAGAACGUUUGAAAAAUAUAAAGAAUCUUUCAAUGGAAUGAAAAGGUUCCAUGGAUUUUAAAGAGUGCGCUUCUUUUUAAGAACUGUUCAUUGAAAGGUUCUUUUUGGAGCCAAAAAAGGCUCUUCUACAGUUAUUAAAGAUUCCAAAAGGGGCGUUUAGAAUGUUGCAGUGUGUGUGUGUGUGUGUGUUAAAGGAACAUUUUAAUAAUCUAAAGAACUUUUUUUCAUUAUCAAGAACCUUUUGUGCAAUGGUAAGGUUCUACAUGGAACCACCAAUGCUAGUUUAAAAAAUACGUAUUUUUAAAAGUGUAUUGUAUUCAUUGCGAAAAACCCCUUUUGGAACAUUGAUUUUUUUUUUUUUGUGUAGGAAAAGAUUAAUCAGUAAUAAUCGCAUUAAUGCUUUCCAAAUACAGGUUUAAGGGUGAGUCCUUAGGUACAAUAUUCCUUUUAGGUCCCGAUAAGUCAGUGCCAAUGUAAGUUUAUCUACAGAAAACUUGCAAGAAGUGAAAAGCUGGAUUUUUCACAUUAAAAUUGGUCUUCAGUGCAGAGGUAUCACUAAUUGGUAUGGGAAUAGGUCCUUCUCUGUCUUAGAAAUUCCUAUGAUUGGUCCAUUUAAUUAUCAUUACCUUUGCCUAAUAUAUUUCCCUCCAAAUCUUCAGAUUGUUAGAUUGAUUAUUUGCUGGAAAAACAUAAAUUUGAGAGCGACGUUACAACUUCUGCGUGAUCCUGACCCAGUUUUUCACUGCAUGUCUACAUCCGGCUGCCAUUCAAUUCUGCAUCUCAGAACAAUUGCAUAUUAGGUGACUAAAUGCAUGACUGUAGCAGGUGUAGCUAACAGUAUAAACUAAGUUCCAGUUCCAUUGGAUUAACAUGCAAUUUGAUUCUAGCAAUUCUGAAAAUCCCAGUGUUUUUGAGAUUGUAUCAUAUUUUGAAAUGUAGAAAUGUUGUGUAAUUAACCUAAAACCUACUCCUUAAUGAGUGUAAAAGAUUUUCUGGCAUUCCAUGGUGUUCUGUUCCAUCCGCUUGUCCUAGAGAAAACGCUUGGUUUAAACAUUUCAAGUUUAUUUUCGAUUUCUAUAGCAUGCCAGCAUACACUACCAUUCAGAUGUCUGGAGUAUAUGUUUUUAAACAAGUUUCUUAUGCACACCAAGAAUGUUUAUUUGAUUACAGUUUGUGAAAUAAUUGUGAAAUAAUAUUAGUUUAAAACAACAGUUUUUCAUUUGAAUAUAUUUUAAAAUGUAAUUUAAUUAAUGUGUUGCAAAGCUGAAUUUUCAGCAUCAUUCAGUGUCAUGUGAUCCUUCAGAAAUCGAAUCAUUCUAAUGCUGAUUUGCUGCUCAUGAAACAAAUUCCUAAUAUUAUCCAUGUUCAAAACAAUUGUGCUGCUUCAUAUUUUUGUGGAACCAUUAUAAAUUGUUUUCAAGUAUUUAAUGAUGAAUAAAACGUUCACAAACAAGAAUAGCAUUUAUUUGAAAUGGCAAUCUUAAAUCUCUACUAUAACUUUCGAUUGAUUGAGUUUAUUAUUUCGGAAUAAAAUAUGAAUUUAUUUUAAAAUAAUCAUGACCCCAAACUUUUGAACGGUAGUGUGUAAUUUGGGUUUUGAUGUGCAAAGGUGUGAUUUGAGUAACUUUCAGGAUAGCCUUAAUGUUCAAGAAAUUCAAGCCUUCAUUUGUUCUGUUUUAUUGAUGCAUAUAACCAAUUUUAAGCAGUUAUUUACAUGUGUGCUUAUUUAUGUUGUCAUUAUAGGCCAUCCGCUAAAAACUGACUUCACCGAUCAGUGUGUGAUCCAAGUAAAUAUUUUUCUGCUGUUCAAAAAGUUGUACUGUUUGUUCUGUUGUAAAAGUCAAAUUAUAUUGUCACAAAAUAACGAAUGUACAAUAUAUAUAUAGAUAGAUAGAUAGAUACUUAAAAAUAAUUAUCUUGGUUUACUCUAUUUAUCAAAAGAAAUGCUGAGAUUUUUGCGUAGGUUAGAGAUGACUGUAAAUUAAUUUCUGAGGUUGUAAAGUGGGAACAGUUGCUGGCAGAUGUCAAUUCUUCAGGUACAAACGUAGAUAUUACCAGGGAUUCAAACACGCUUUUACUUCUGACCAGCCAUUUUUGGUGGUUGAGAUUCUAAUCUUCUCUGUAUUGUACUUGAGCCGUUGAAUGCUCUUGAUAUCAACUCUUUCACAGGAAAUAAACACAGCCCAGUGCUUAACUGAU